UAAAUCCGCACUUCGCAAUCUCUGGUUUGAAGUUCCGAUUGUGGUGCUGUUGGAGCGAAGUUGCAAACUCUUCCAUUGGCGUUUUGCCUAUGGUGUCGGCUAUGAUUCGUCUGGGCAAUAGGCCCAGCUUGCUUGGACGACUUGACAAGCAUGCCUACGUCUCGCAGACCACGAUCCUGGCAUCCUGUUCGGUCCAGCCGGGGAUCCAUUCUGCAGCAAGAAACUUCACGAUAGGCCACGCAUUACGGCACAACGUCAUCUCCGCUGAGCAAGUCAACCAGUCUGGACGCACAGAUGGCCUAGGCCUCGCCAGUGGCUUUGCGGCCCCGUUCACUUCAUCACCGAACACAGGUGCUUCGCUCUUCAAGGGACCACAACAACCCCAUCCCAACCCUUCGUUUGAGGAAGGCAAAAGCGAUCUACGUCCACCACGUUUACGAUUGAAGCAAGGUAUACUCGAGAUUUUUGAUGAACGAGAAGUCCAGUACAAGAAAAUAUCUGGCAGGUGGCUGAGGGACAACUGCGCCUGCUCGCGAUGCAGAAAUCAGGAUACUGCUCAAAGGCAGUUCAAUGUCUUCAAGGGCACUAUCGACUGCUCUUUGACCAGCUUCGAAAUGACUCAAGGAGACAAGCCACUGAUCUCCAUUACCUGUGAGCAACGCCUGUGUUGCCUAUUCGUGCCAUUGCUGAUACUUCAGAUCAUAGUUGGCGACGGUCACGAAGCACAAUUUCCCGCUGCCUUCCUUCAGCGAAGGAAAGAUACUGAAACGAUGCGAAAGCGCUAUGGACUAGCCCCUACUUCUCUCUGGGGAGCUGAGGUUGCUGCCGCACCCCCGGCCGUUUCAUUCGAGACUUUUAGCAACGGAAAUGGCAUGGGUAGCCUAUUGCACAAGAUUCGUGUCUAUGGCUUCUGCUUCCUGGAAGGUCUGCCAGCGACUCCCGAGGCCACCGAAACAGCGCUUGCGGCCAUUGGACCCAUCAGGAAUACACAUUAUGGUGCAUUUUACGACUUCACAUCGGAUUUGUCCUCGAAGGACACAGCGUAUACCAGCGAAAGUCUUGAAUCGCAUACCGACAAUACUUACUUCACCGAGGCUGCAGGCUUGCAGGCUCUCCACAUGCUUUCGCACACUGAAGGCUCCGGUGGAGAAAGCUCUCUCGUCGACGGGUUUAGCGCUGCAGCCCAGCUCUACUCAGAGGACAAAGAUGCCUACCUUCGUUUGAGUCGAACAGGCGUGUACGCUCAUGCCAGCGGCAAUGACGGUAUCAGCAUCCAACCAGCGCAGGCGCUCCCUACACUCUCUCACGAUCCUCAAGGAGGCCAUCUCACACAGGUCCGAUGGAACAAUGCCGAUCGCGCUGGUAUCGCAGCUCAAAUGGACGAGCUGGAUGCGUGGUAUGACGCCGCCGCAAAGUUUGACGCGAUCCUUAGCAAUCCAAAGAAUCAAUACUGGUUUCAGCUAAGACCAGGUCAGCUUCUGAUCUUUGACAAUUGGCGAGCUUUGCAUGGACGAGCGGCUUUUACGGGAAAACGGAGAAUGUGUGGAGGGUAUAUCCCGAGAGACGAUUUCAUCUCGAAAUAUCGGCAGACCAACCUGAGCCCGGAAGACAUUGCUUUUUCGACUGUAUCGGGUUAGAUCGCGUCCCGCGUCACUGAUUAUCAACUGGAUCUGGGCGGAUAGCGUAUCGCAUCCUUAAUUCGGUAGACUCGUCCGGAUUUCCUGGGACUUGUGGGAGGAUGCCAUGGUCAAUCUGGGCUUGCGAGUGUC